CAAAUUGUACUUGAGAGAGAAAGGAAAGAACAAAAUUUGUUUUACAAAAAUACUCAGUACAUUUAGGGCACAUACGAAGAUGUUCCGGAACAUGGUUUAUCUCUUUAAACACAAUUAGCACAGUUUUCCGGGCAAGGCAAGGCAAAAUAUUCUGUAACUUAGCAACACCAACAGAAGACGGCCAAUAUUGCAGCACAUUUUUCUCUUGGAUCGGGUCAGAGAGGACUCAGAGAAAACGGAGCAGACAGAGCUGAGAUGCUUCCGCCCUCACUGUGGUCAGGGCAGCGUUCAGCAUAUGCCACAAUACCAGAAACCCCCCGGCCAAGGCCUUGGAAUCCAGCUCUCAUUUCGUAUGUGACCUGCGGGGAAUUUGCCAAGGCACGAGUAACAAGCUCACUCAGCUGGGCACUUUUGAAGAUCAUUUUCUCAGCCUCCAGAGGAUGUUCAAUAACUGUGAGGUGGUCCUUGGGAAUCUGGAAAUUACCUACGUGCAGAGGAAUUAUGAUCUUUCCUUCUUAAAGACCAUCCAGGAGGUGGCUGGUUAUGUCCUCAUUGCCCUCAACACAGUGGAGCGGAUUCCUUUGGAAAACCUGCAGAUCAUCAGAGGAAAUAUGUUCUACGAAAAUUCCUAUGCCUUAGCAGUCUUAUCCAACUAUGAUGCAAAUAAAACCGGACUGAAGGAGCUGCCCAUGAGAAACUUACAAGAAAUCCUGCAUGGCGCCGUGCGGUUCAGCAACAACCCUGCCCUGUGCAACGUGGACAGCAUCCAAUGGCGGGACAUCAUCAGCAGCGAUUUUCUCAGCAACAUGUCGAUGGACUUCCAGAGCCACGUGGCUGGCUGCCAAAAGUGUGAUCCGAGCUGUCCCAAUGGGAGCUGCUGGGGUGCAGGGGAGGAGAACUGCCAGAAACUGACCAAAAUCAUCUGUGCCCAGCAGUGCUCCGGGCGCUGCCGCGGCAAGUCCCCCAGCGACUGUUGCCACAACCAGUGCGCCGCAGGCUGCACGGGCCCCCGAGAGAGCGACUGCCUGGUCUGCCGUAAAUUCCGAGACGAAGCCACAUGCAAGGACACCUGCCCCCCACUCAUGCUCUACAACCCCACCACAUAUCAGAUGGACGUGAACCCCGAGGGCAAAUACAGCUUUGGUGCCACCUGCGUGAAGAAGUGUCCCCGUAACUAUGUGGUGACAGAUCACGGCUCGUGCGUCCGAGCCUGCGGGGCCGACAGCUACGAGGUGGAGGAAGACGGCGUCCGCAAGUGUAAGAAGUGUGAAGGGCCUUGCCGCAAAGUGUGUAAUGGAAUAGGUAUUGGUAAAUUUAAAGACACACUCUCCAUAAAUGCUACAAAUAUUAAACACUUCAAAAACUGCACCUCCAUCAGCGGUGACCUCCAUAUCCUACCGGUGGCAUUUAGGGGUGACUCCUUCACACACACCCCACCUCUGGACCCAAAGGAACUGGAUAUUCUGAAAACCGUUAAGGAAAUCACAGGGUUUUUGCUGAUUCAGGCUUGGCCUGAAAACAGGACGGACCUCCAUGCUUUUGAGAACCUGGAAAUCAUACGCGGCAGGACCAAGCAACAUGGUCAGUUUUCUCUUGCGGUUGUCAGCCUGAACAUAACAUCCUUGGGAUUACGCUCCCUCAAGGAGAUAAGCGAUGGAGAUGUGAUAAUUUCAGGCAACAAAAAUUUGUGCUAUGCAAAUACAAUAAACUGGAAAAAACUGUUUGGGACCUCCAGCCAGAAAACCAAAAUUAUAAACAACAGAGGUGAAAACAGCUGCAAGGCCACAGGCCAUGUCUGCCAUUCCUUGUGCUCCUCCGAGGGCUGCUGGGGCCCGGACCCCAGGGACUGCGUCUCCUGCCGGAACGUCAGCCGAGGCAGAGAGUGCGUGGAGAAGUGCAACGUUCUGGAGGGCGAGCCAAGGGAGUUUGUGGAGAACUCUGAGUGCAUCCAGUGCCACCCGGAAUGCCUGCCCCAGGCCAUGAACAUCACCUGCACGGGACGGGGGCCGGACAGCUGCAUCCAGUGUGCCCACUACAUCGACGGCCCCCACUGUGUCAAGACCUGCCCGGCAGGGGUCAUGGGAGAAAACAACACCCUGGUCUGGAAGUACGCGGACGCCGGCCACGUGUGCCACCUGUGCCAUUCAAACUGCACCUACGGAUGCGCCGGGCCAGGUCUUGAAGGUUGUGCAAUGGAUAGGCCCAAGAUCCCGUCCAUCGCCACUGGGAUUGUGGCUGCCCUCCUCUUGGUGCUGGUGGUGGCCCUGGGGAUCGGCCUCUUCAUGCGAAGGCGCCGCAUCGUCCGGAAGCGUACACUGCGGAGGCUGCUGCAGGAGCGGGAGCUUGUGGAGCCUCUUACGCCCAGCGGAGAAGCUCCCAACCAAGCCCUCCUGAGGAUCUUGAAGGAAACUGAAUUCAAAAAGAUCAAAGUGCUGGGCUCUGGUGCAUUCGGCACGGUGUAUAAGGGACUCUGGAUCCCAGAAGGUGAGAAAGUUAAAAUUCCCGUAGCUAUCAAGGAGUUAAGAGAAGCAACGUCUCCAAAAGCCAACAAGGAAAUCCUUGAUGAAGCCUACGUGAUGGCCAGCGUGGACAACCCCCAUGUGUGCCGCCUGCUGGGCAUCUGCCUCACCUCCACCGUGCAGCUCAUCACGCAGCUCAUGCCCUUCGGCUGCCUCCUGGACUACGUCCGGGAGCACAAGGACAACAUCGGCUCCCAGUACCUGCUCAACUGGUGUGUGCAGAUCGCUAAGGGCAUGAACUACCUGGAGGACCGGCGCUUGGUGCACCGCGACCUGGCAGCCAGGAACGUGCUGGUGAAGACGCCGCAGCAUGUCAAGAUCACAGAUUUUGGGCUGGCCAAGCUGCUGGGGGCAGAAGAGAAAGAAUAUCAUGCAGAAGGAGGCAAAGUGCCUAUCAAGUGGAUGGCAUUGGAAUCAAUUUUACACCGAAUUUAUACCCACCAGAGUGAUGUCUGGAGUUACGGGGUGACCGUUUGGGAGUUGAUGACCUUUGGAUCCAAGCCAUAUGAUGGAAUCCCUGCCAGUGAGAUCUCCUCCAUCCUGGAGAAAGGAGAGCGCCUCCCCCAGCCACCCAUAUGCACCAUCGAUGUGUACAUGAUCAUGGUCAAAUGCUGGAUGAUAGACGCAGACAGUCGCCCAAAGUUCCGUGAGUUGAUCAUUGAAUUCUCCAAAAUGGCCCGAGACCCCCAGCGCUACCUUGUCAUUCAGGGGGAUGAACGGAUGCAUUUGCCAAGCCCUACAGACUCCAACUUCUACCGCGCCCUGAUGGAUGAAGAAGACAUGGACGACGUGGUGGAUGCGGACGAGUACCUCAUCCCACAGCAGGGCUUCUUCAGCAGUCCCUCCACGUCGCGGACUCCCCUCCUCAGCUCUCUCAGUGCAAACAGCAACAAUUCCACUGUGGCUUGCAUUGAUAGAAACGGGCUACAGACCUGUCCCAUCAAGGAAGACAGCUUCUUACAGCGAUACAGCUCAGACCCCACAGGAGCCUUGACUGAGGACAGCAUAGAUGACUCCUUCCUCCCAGUGCCUGAAUACAUAAACCAGUCUGUUCCCAAAAGGCCUGCGGGCUCUGUGCAGAAUCCUGUCUAUCACAAUCAGCCCCUGAACCUCGCGCCCAGCAGAGACCCACACUACCAGGACCCCCACAGCACCGCAGUGGGCAACCCCGAGUAUCUCAACACUGUGCAGCCCACCUGGGUCAGCAGCGCAGUGGACAGCCCUGACCAAUGGAUCCAGAAAGCCAUCCACCAAAUCAGCCUAGACAACCCUGACUACCGGCAGGACUUCCUUCCCAAGGAAGCCAAGCCCAACGGCAUGUUUAAGGGCCCCACAGCUGAAAAUGCAGAAUACCUAAGGGUCGCGCCACAAAGCAGUGAAUUUAUUGGAGCGUGACCACAGAGAAUAGCACCAGCCCUAAAAAUCCAGACUUUCAGCACCCAGGACCAAGCGCAGCAGGUCCUCCAUCCCAACCGCUAUGCCCGCGUUAGCUGUCAGAACCACAGACUGGCUUCCCCAGCGUUGACACUGAUCAGUCAGGAAGUGCUUCCACUUGGGGCGCACUUGGCAAGUGGCAGGUGCAUUCCUUUGUUUUCAAACUGUGAAGCUUUUACAGAAAGGCAUCCAGCAAGAAGUUCUGAGCGAAGUUUAUCUUUCAAGGAGGUAUAUUUGAAAAAAAAAAAAUAAGUAUGUGUCAGGAUUUUUCUUGAUUGGGGAUCUUGGAGUUUUUAAUUGUCACUAUUGAUUUUUACUGCAGUAAGCUCUUCCAACAGGGAAGAAGCUUGCUGGUUGACUUGCUGCCCUGAGUUCAUCCAGGCCCAAGUGAGCAAGCCGCACCGGCCUCAAGUCUCCAGCAGCGGCUUGAUUCCAGCGGUCCCACUCACGGCUUCCACCCCACGACACUAAAGGUCCAAGAAUCCCUUCAUGGCCCCAGCAGGCCGCAUCGGUACUGUAUCGAGUCAUGGCAGGUACAAUAGGAUAAGCCACUCUGUCCCUUCCUGGGCAAAGAAGAAACAGAGGGGAUAAAUUCUUCAUUAGACUUUUAUAAAUAUGUCUCCAUGGUACUCACUGCCCACUGGUUGACCGAUGUCUUCCAGCCGUGAGCGUUACAGACUUCUCUGUCUUCCAUUCCAUCAUUUUGAAACUCAGUAUGCUGCCCCUGUCUUGCCGUCACGAAGUCAGCAAGAGAGGAUGACACGUCCCAUAAUAACUCGGAUUCCAGCCCACCCCGGAUUCAUCAGGGUUCAGACCAGUAGCCCACAUCUGAGAAUGCAGAAUACCUAAGGAUGGUGCCGCUUUUGUUCUCGCAAAAAUACGUCUCCUAAUUUGAGGCUCAGAUGAAAUGCAUCAGGUCCUCUGGGGCAUAGAUCAGGAGACUACAAAAAUGAAGCUGCUCUGAAAUCUCCUUUAGCCAUCACUCCCAACCCCCAAAAUUAGUUUAGGUUACUCAUGGAAGAUCAUUUUCUCCUUUUACUUCACUUUAAAAGCUUUUUACUCAAAGAUGUUUCUUCUGCUCCCCAGACCCCAUCCUCGCCCUUUGUCAAACAAAAAGUAUCUCCGCCCUGAGGCAGCUAUUCAAGCACUUACAGCUCUGGCCGCAACGGGGUGUUUUACAGGUGCAAAUGAGUAGCGUUAUGAGUAGUGUGGAAUCCAGGCGGUAAAUAGGAGAGCAGGGUUUGAAACUGAUAAUGCUUUCACAACACUUGUAGAUGUUUUACAAGAAAAAAGUUCCUUUCUAAAAUAAUUUCUCUACAAUUGGGAGAUUCGGCUAGUUAGGAUCCCACCUUUCCUCAUCUGUGUGUGCCUUGUAACCUGACUGGUUAACGGAAGUCCUUUGCAAGGAGCGUUUUAAAGUCUUCUAGUCAAUAUCCACCCCAUCCAAUUUAUCAAGGAAGAAAUGGUUCAGAAAAUACUUUCAGCCUACAAUUAUGUUCAGUCACACAUGCAUACAAAAUGUUCCUUUUGCUUUUAAACCAUUUUUUGACUCCCAGAUCAGUCAGGGCUCCUACACUUUUGUUAAGAGAAUAUUUGAUUUUUGUCUCGAUGAAAAUAAAAUUAUAUUCAUUUCCACUCCAUUAUGCUCUCAAAUACCCCUAAGUGCCUAUACCAGCCUGGUAUGGGUACAAAAGAUACAAACAUAAAUAAAACAUAGUCCCUGAUUCUGAGAAAUUCACAAUUUAGCAAAGGAAACGGACUCAUAGAUGCUAACCUUAAAACAACAUGACAAAUGCCAGACAGGACCCGCCAGCGAGACACUGAGAGCACAGAGCAGGGACAUUGAGUUCUACCUGAGGAGAGACCUGGAAGGUUCAUCAGGAAGGCCUCACAGGAGGAUGACCAGGUUGCAGCCACAGGAGAGGGGGAAGCUCAGUUACAGCAGGGGGACCCUGACCAAGGAAACGGCUGUCAGAGGCCUCCACUGCUGGAGUCCCUGAAAGGCUGCGGUCAGCUGUCCUAACAACCUGCUCCCUCUAAGCUAGGGGAUGAGCUUGGAGCAUCCCACAAGUUCCUUAAAUGUUGUAUCCCGCCGGGGGGUUUUGAGCUAUGAUUUCUGCACAUGCUUAGUGAGAAGACUAAGCAACAUUUCUAAGAAUCUGAGAUUUUAGAUCAUUGUCAGUAAACCACUUUCAUUAUUCAUUCACCUCAGGACAUACAGAAAUAUUUCAGUCAGAACUGAGAAACAGAAGGACCCACAUUCUGCUGUCACUUGUGUGACAAGAAGCGGAAGAUCAGUGAGGCAGGUCAGUUGUGAGUCACGUUGUUUUAUUAAAUCCUAGUAUUUUUGUAGUUUGAAACACUAACAAUAAAAGAACAAAAGCUAUUCUAGCUUUCUUCUCCUUCAUAUUUUAAUUUUCCAGCGUAAAGUGUAGUUGCUAAAUUCUAUUAAUUUUAAGAUUGUGCUUCCCAAAAUAGUUCUCACUUCAUCUGUCCAGGGAGGCACAGCGGUCUGCUUGGCGGAAGCCACAAAGCCACUAGCCUCUCCAAGGAUCUGGCCACCACGGUGGGCAGAUCAGGAAAGGAGCUGCCCAAAGUCCCAUGAUUGUCACCUAACAGCCCUGCUUGGUCAGUUCUCAAAGCUUGGACUCCAUCCCUGAAGGGCUUCCUGAUUGCUAGCCUGGCCUCCAUACACUACAGAGAACUUGUCAGCUGUUUCUUCCUCAGUCAGUUCCUGGAAGACCUUUGCCACGACCUCAGCUUCAGAUGCAACCUUUGGAAACAGAGGUCACGGGAAAGUAAGGAGCCGGGAGCUCCCAUUCACUUUGUGUGUCUUCUUGCAUCAUCUCCAAGGAGCUACUGUAAUUACACCCUGCCCGUCACCGCAUGAGGGGUCAAAGAAGGGAUGAGUCUUCUAAACUCUAUUCGCUGUGAGUCUAGGUUGUAAGGAGGAGCGCUGUGGAUGCAUCCUUAUUAUACUCCAGCUGACGACAACCAAGCUUAGGUAUUUGCUGAAAGUUCUUGAUUUUGUGAUUUACCACUCCCGCCUCACAACUGCAGACAGAAGGGGACUGUGGAUUGCUUAGCACAAAAGGCACUGGUUCUCCAGGGCAGCUGCCCUUGGGAAUCUCCUGGUCCCAACCAGAAAGACUGUGCCUUGAUUUUCUCAGGUGCAGCCCAGCCCUAGGGCCUUGUCAGAGCACCCCCUGAUUAUUGCAACCUUCUUCAAAGUUUCCAGAGCCACUGGUCUAAGGGAAGGGCCUGGUGGGGGUCUGCUUGCGGCUCACUGGGGGUCCUCCCACCCAGUACCACUCUCACCAGGCCUCUGAUUGCACCUGCGUAGCUUGAGGCCGGUGGGUGAUGGCGACUCGGCACCUCCCCUCAGGCACAAGAGAAUCACCGGCGGAGCUUCAGAAGAGGGAGCCUGGAGUCUCUGCAGACCAAUUCAACCCAGAUCUCAGGGGCGCUCUCAUGAUUCUAAUGGGUAACCAGGGUUGAAGCCCUUGUCUCUGAAGUCUUCAGUGCAAGACGGUGGGUCUGUACCAGGGCCUCCGGUCGGUAGAAUAAAAGGCCGGGUAGGGUAGAGGUUCUCAUAUGCAGUGGAGAGAAACAUUUGCAGUUACUGAUAAGCCUGAGGCUUGGCUGCUAGUGGCCAUUCCAAACCCCUCCAAUUCAUCAUCACCAGCAGUUCAGCUGGAAACGGGCAAAUACCCCCCAACUGAGCCUUGAAAAAGCCCUGGGACCCUCUGCAUUCUCUAAGUAAGUUACAGAAACCAGUCUCUUCCCUCCUUUGUGAACAAGCUACUAUUCCAUGUAGGCAGCAGGUGUUGAAACUGCCCUCAACAUCUGCUCUGCAUUUCUUUCUUGUGCUAAGCGCACACUUUUAUCGCAACAUAAUUAUCUGUUCGCAUUUCCUUGCCUGGCGGCUGUAAAACUUUACAAAACAGAAAUCCUUGCCUCUCACCAGCCACACCUGCCAUACCAUGGGUACAGCUUUGUACUAUUCAAGACACAGACAGGAUUUUUAAAUGUAAAUCUAUUUUUGUAAUUUUUUGCGGAUACUGUUCUCUUUAUGUAGCACUGAACUUUCUACACUAUAUUUUUUUGAAACUCGUUUUUCUACUAAAGGAAGCACAGUUUACUUUAGAGAGACUGCAAUACAAUCAAAAUUGGAAACUGAAAUCUUUGUUGAAAAGGGUUAAGUUGAGGCAAAAGGAAGCCCUUUCUGUCUCUUACAGAAAGGCACAAACCCAUUACAGGGCUAAGCUAGGUCAUUGCCAUGGUGAAGAAGAGAAUAAUCAUUUUUAUAUUUAGGAGGUUUAAGAAGAUGCUGGAAAGCACAUUUAGCUUGGUCUGGGGCAGCUUCUGUUGAGGCUGUUGAGGCAAUGUUAAUGGAAAGACUCUCUGUCUUUUGUCACUACUAGAAAAAUCCAGCUGCCAGCCAUACUGUCAUCAUCUGCCAGUGUAACCCUGUACAUGUAAGAAAAGCAAUAACAGCAUUUUGUUUGUUUACAUAUAAAUGUGACUUCAGUGCAAAUUAUUUUUAUAUUUGCAAUUGAUAUGCCUUUAUCAAUAUAAACUAGACGUAACUGGAGAGGUCGAAUAAUGUUCAGCACCCUUUGGUUACUGAUGAAAUUCACCAACAGUCUUACCGAGCCUGGGUGCAGCCGCCCUAGGGAAGGUAUUCAGCCCUGGCGGCAGUGACAUCACCUGGGGAGCUUUUAAAAAGCUUGAAGCCCAGCUGCACCUCAGACCAAUUCAACACACAUCUCUGGGCUAAAAUUCAAGCGUUUGUAGUUUUUAAAGCUCCUGAGGUCAUUCCAAUGUGCAGCCGAAGUUGAGAACUCCCAGCCUAGGAAUUAGCCAGAAGAACUUGGACUUGGAGGCAAAUUCUGCCAGUGUAUGUGAUUCUCAGGACUUGAGAACCAAGACACAAAGACCUCCACAUCUGUCACUGAGAGUCAAGAACCUGAACAGAGUUUCCAUGAAGCUUCUCCAAGCCCUAGAAUGGAGAGUGUCGAAACAAUGAUUGAAAAGGAAAGGGUAUAUAAAACAGAUGCCUAUUUUCCAUUUCCUAGGCUUGCUCUAUUAAGGGCAAACUGGUAAUAUAAUAUUCUUGCUGCUUAUGCAGCUGACAUUGCUGCCCUCCCUAAAGCAACCAAGUAGCCUUUAUUUCCCAGAGUGAAAGAAAACAUUGACCUAUCAGUUACAUUACAAAAGGCAGAUUUCAAGAGGAUUCAGUAAGUGGUUGGAUGGCUUUCAUAAAAACAAGAAUUCAAGUAGAGGAUUCAUGCUUUAAGAAACAUUUGCUAUACAUUCUUCACAAAUUAUACCUGGGAUAAAAAUUGUA